GCAUCUCAAAACACCCUAAAUUCCAUGUGGUAUAUGGAGGUGAGAGAACUUCGAGAAAGAGCAAAGGCUUACAGGCAACGAGUAGAGGGAACACACUUCUCCCGAUACCAUCUCAAUCAGAUCCUGUCUGAUAAUAACAGUCUUUGGGACGUGUCCUCAAAUUCCAGUUCAGAAGAAGGCAUCAGCAACAACAUCAGAGCACUAGAUCUUGCCGGAGUUUCUGAAAGAGAGACUGCACCAAGCCCCAAAAUGCUGCAGCAACCUGACUCCAGGGAACAGCCACACCAGGACAGCACUGAGAAGAAAGACAAGUCAGAUGCUUUAACUGUUCCAGUCAAAAGGCGUUUAGUUUGGGGUGAACAAGAAGGUACUGAAGAAAGGGAGAGUCGGCAAUCAACAGAAGAGGAAGACAAACAAGAUGAACAGGCUGCAGUCCUGGCUCAGCAGUUAGAAGGAAACAAGGAUGACAAUGAAGAUAAGAAAAUUGAAGGUGAGAAUGGCUUAGUAUUGAAUUCUUCUGCAGCUGUGUCAGAUUCCUCAUCUGUAUCCUCGAGGACAGGUGGCAGGCUUCCUACUCCGAAGCUGAGAGCACUUGGUGGAGCUCAGAGGACUCAUCAUGAUCUCACUACCCCAGCUGUUGGAGGUGCGGUUCUAGUGUCUCCUCCUAAAUUCAAGUCUUCAUCUUCACAGCAGAGAACACGAGGUUUAGGAACAGACCCUUCUACAGCUAAGCAAAGUGCAAGAGAAGCUUCAAAAACAAGGUCCUUCCAGCCUGAUGUGGAAGUGGAAGCUGUUUCACUCCUUACCUCUCCACCUGCUGGGCUGGGAACUUUGGAUCCUCUGCCGCUUAGGCAGGAUCAGUGGCCUCCUAACAGUGUUUCUGAUGAGCAGGUUCCUCUUGCUUCAGCCCAUCAAGAGCUUUCCUCUACACCUCCUGUGCUGAAGUCAGCCAAAAGCUACUCUGUGCCUUGCUGGAGUCCCUCUCGUCGUAUUCAAGGGACUCUCAAGGAUCCAGAAUUCCAGCAUAAUGGGAAUGUUGGCAGUACAAAAAUGAGAUCUUUCCAGUUACCCCUUCAGGAAAGAAACUGUAACGAUGAAGAUGACAGGCUGUCUCAGAUUUCUGCUCGCUCAGCAGCAUCGAGCUCGCUUGCAUCUCAGAUACUGGAACGAGCUCAGAAGAGGAAGGAUUUCUGGGGCAAGACAUAA